UAACGGCAGAUCCCCGCCUUUCGACGGCGUUGAUGUCGGGCGCUGCCGAUUAAUGCAUGGGCGGCUUGCAGCUGAUCACGGUCGUCAUCCCGGCAGGGCUAAAUGGCAUGUCACGGCCGUUAGGGAGGAGUUAGUUGCCAACGCUCUCACAAACACCGUGACCGUCUCUUCCUUCCUUCCCGCCUAUAAAUAGUUUGCGACUUGCCGACUUCUCUCUCUCGCCGUCCAUCGGUUCUCGCCAGUCACCGGAGGAAGGGGAAAAUGAGCGCGACGGCGGAGGUAAUGUCCGGCGAGUUCGAUCAGGCGGCCGUGGUGGCGGAGCCGCUGCCGCCGGUGGUCGGCGGCGGAGCGGUGGACAGCGGAGUCGAAGAGGAGGAGGGGGAGCAGAAGAGCAAGGGGCGGGGGCAGAUCGUGCUCGGGAGAAAUGUGCACACGUCUUGCCUCGCCGUGACAGAGCCCGAGGCGAACGAUGAGUUCACCGGAGACAAGGAGGCGUACAUGGCGAGCGUUCUGGCUCGUUACAGGAAGACUCUUAUGGAAAGGACGAAGCAUCAUUUAGGCUAUCCUUAUAACUUAGACUUCGAUUACGGUGCUCUCGCACAACUGCAGCAUUUUUCGAUCAAUAAUCUCGGCGAUCCAUUUAUCGAGAGUAACUAUGGUGUUCAUUCGAGACAGUUCGAAGUCGGCGUUUUGGAUUGGUUUGCCCGUUUGUGGGAGAUAGAGAAAACCAAAUACUGGGGAUAUAUAACAAAUUGUGGCACCGAAGGCAAUCUUCAUGGAAUUUUAGUGGGGAGGGAAGUCUUUCCAGAAGGAAUUCUCUAUGCAUCCAGAGAAUCGCAUUAUUCCGUCUUCAAAGCAGCACGAAUGUACAGAAUGGAAUGUGUUAAAGUUGGCACAUUAGUGUCUGGUGAAAUCGAUUGUGCCGAUUUUAGAGCCAAUUUGCAGGCAAACAAGGACAAGCCAGCCAUCAUAAAUGUUAAUAUAGGAACUACCGUCAAAGGAGCUGUCGACGAUCUCGACCUUGUAAUACAGACUUUAGAAGAAAGUGGAUUUACGCAUGACCGAUUCUACAUACACUGUGAUGGAGCUUUAUUUGGACUUAUGAUGCCUUUUGUAAAACGGGCACCGAAAGUCUCAUUCAAGAAGCCGAUCGGGAGUGUCAGUGUCUCAGGACACAAGUUUGUUGGAUGCCCUAUGCCAUGCGGGGUCCAAAUAACAAGGAUGGAGCACAUUAAUGCGCUCUCGAGGAAUGUCGAGUACCUGGCAUCACGGGACGCCACGAUCAUGGGGAGCCGAAACGGCCAUGCUCCAAUCUUCCUCUGGUACACCCUCAACAGGAAAGGCUACAAAGGGUUCCAGAAGGAAGUUCAGAAAUGCCUUCGGAAUGCCCACUACCUCAAAGACCGCCUCCGAGGGGCCGGGAUCAGUGCGAUGCUGAAUGAGCUCAGCAGCACCGUUGUGUUCGAGCGGCCACUGGAUGAGGAAUUUGUGAGGAUGUGGCAGCUCGCUUGUGAAGGGAAUAUCGCCCAUGCUGUUGUCAUGCCAAAUGUUACCAUCGAGAAGCUCGAUGUUUUCUUGAAUGAGCUUGUCGAGAAGAGGUCGGGUUGGUAUGGAGAGGGAAGAGGAGAGCCUCCUUGUGUUGCUGGUGACUUAGGGAGCGAGAAUUGUGACUGUGGCCUGCACAAGUGAACAUGUUAAGCGAGUGAUCAGUUUCUUCAGUCGGUGUGGGUCCAUCGCGGGCUCGUGUUAGAUUCGAUCCUUAAUGCCGGUUCCGUCCUGUUUGUAAUAGUUGUUCAUAUCAGUUAGUUGUUCCUACUAAUGUGUACGGGGCUUAGAAGCCGGAUCAAUACUUGAUUAUCCGGGUUUCGUAGUGCCUCGAGGAGAUGUGUUAGUUGCUUUCGAGUCCCAUUGCGACCUUCCAAUA